AUGAGCAACCCAUGCGACAAGGCAAGAGACCGGCUCCUGGCCAUCGCUCAAACUCUCCAGAGUCCAGACCCCAACUAUGGUCUGCCGCAAGAGUUCAUGACGAAGCUCAGGGCGGCCCUCGUCGCUGACCCAUUGCUCCCAAGGGCUGACCCAUCUGUCUCCCUAUGGCAGGAACCCCCUCAUCCCAGUGUCUCCAACAUCCAGUCGCCCAGUCUUCCUCGGUUUGCCGACUUUGUCGUCAUCGGCUCUGGAAUCACCGGGUGCAGCGUCACCAAGUCCCUCCUCGAAGAUGAUUCCCUACACCCCGCAAGCCGUGUCGUGGUCUUGGAGGCGCGCACCCUCACGAGCGGUGCCACUGGCCGUAACGGCGGCCAACUCGUCUCGCCAGUCGGUCAUACAUACAGCGCUUUGUGUCGACGACACGGAGAAGACGCGGCGAAGGAGAUCUCUCGCUUCAGUCUCAUGAACAUUGAUCGGGUCAUGUCCAUGGUCAAGGACCUGGAUCCCGAACUCCAGGCUGCCAGCGAGAUCCGCAAAGUUUCCAAAGUGAUGGUCUCUGGAGACAAGGAGACUUGGGAAGUCUCAAGGAAGUCACUGGAUGCUUUCCGAGAUGCGAUACCCGAGCACCGAGCGCUUCAUGGCGUGACCGAGAAGGAAGAUCUUGCCGAGUUGAAUAUCAAGAACGGAUUUGGAGUCAUCCAGCAUCAAGUUGGCGCACUCUGGCCAUAUCGUCUCAUCACCGGAAUCUUUGAGCGCCUCCUCGCCCAACACCCCGGCCGUCUGUCGAUCGAGACCAACACACCCGCCACCAACGUAAAGUUCCUCCCGGAAUCCGAGUCUGAAUACCCAUAUGCAAUCGAGACACCACGGGGAACUAUUCGUAGCAAGCAGGUGAUCCAUUGCACGAAUGCAAACGCUGCACACCUCUUGCGUCCACUUGCGGGAAGACUGUACCCGUAUCGCGGACCGAUGUCAGUGCAGAAGGCUGGUCCAUACCUGGAGCACCGCGGCAACCAACGUUCAUGGAGUUGCCUGGUCAAGUCGAAGUUGGACCCGGUGACUGGCUUCUUUCACAGCGGCUUGUACUACCUCCAACAGCACGGCACCACUGGAGAUAUCUGGGUUGGCACUGACUACUCCAACUUGUUUGAUGUCUUGACUUCCGACGAUACUUCCGUUCCAGGUCAGGCAGUUGAAGCCCUGUUGCGUUUUCUCCCCGAAUACUUUACCAAAGGAUGGCCGACUAGCGAGCUUCCAGAACUUAAAGGAGUGUGGACUGGCCUUCAGGGGCAUACAUCCGAUGGCAUACCGCUGGUGGGCCGACUGACCAAGGAUAUGUCCGGCAGGGACGGCGAUGGUGAAUGGUUCGCCGGAGGCUACAGCGGAUACGGAAUGGAUAAGGCAUGGAUGACUGGCGAGGCGCUCUGUAGCAUGAUCACUCGUGAUGUUGUCCCAGACUGGCUGCCAAAGGCCUUCCUCAUGACCAAGGAGCGACUUCAACAAGACGUGACAGUCGAGAAAUCCGUAGCUAAAUGGGUUUCAAUUGCAAAGACAGGAGACUGGUGA